GACAGUACCCAGCACGCCGAUAUAACUACUGACUGUGGAUCGGCAGGGAAUAGGGGAUUAGCUUUACAACGUGGGAUCAUACUUUCUCUCCGCCUAAUCGGAUGCCAUGGGAACUGCACGCAAUCCACCUUCGAGCGUUCCCAGCAGGCCAACUUUUGCUUGCGUUCGCUGCGCUGGGCGGAAAGUAAAAUGUGACAGGAAUAUACCAUGCACCGCGUGUGUCAAACAUGGAGCUAAGUGCGUGUUUCAACCUCCGCCGCCUCCUCGGAGAAGACGUCGACCUGGGGCAGCUGGGCCUUCGAUAGAUAGGCGCGAAUACCCGCAAACACGCCUUCAAGCGCAAGGCCACAGCCUGAAAGAGUCAUCCAAUCCUCCUGAUAGUAAUUCACGGAGCCAUCUGUCGAGUCAGGAAAUUCGCGGCUCACAAUCGAGCUCAUCAGCGCCAAGCGGGAGUGUCAGCAAAACUCAAGUAAUCCAAGGACUAGGGCAGUCAAUGUUGAUUGAUAAGUGAGUUCAGACCCCCAAUAAUUUAGAUAUAUUUGCUGAGUCCCCGCGCAGUAGCUUGUGGUCAAGAGUUGUGGAAGAGGUGAGUGUCCUGCCGCAUAUCUUGCUUGGGUUGCUUGCUGGGCGCUAAGGUAUCAUAAGUUUCACGACCCCGAGGAUGCUCUGCGGAGGAGUUCAGACGACUUGAGUGAUGCAGAAACCCUUAAUGAUG